UUUCAAAACAAACAAAAAAGAGCCAUGCUGCCGCGCAAACCAACGUAAACAAACAUGCAACGAAAAGAAUAGCGUUUCAAAUUUCUAAAUGAAAAAUGGUCAGCGAGUUCGAAUCCAGCGACACGGACAACCAGUGGCCACCGAGCCAACCUUCGGAGGCGGAGGAAUGCAAGGGCUUUGGGGAGAGCGGCGACAAUGUGCCUCCGGAAGCCGCCGCCACCGAACCGCCCGAUCCGGAACAACCUGGUGGUGGUGACGACAAGAAAACCUUCCAAUGUGACCAGUGCGCGCUGACGUUCCGCAAGCGGGACCACUUUGAUCGGCACCGGUUUACGCAUACCGGAGUGAAGGAGUAUCGAUGUCCGGAGGAAAGCUGCGGGAAAGAGUACACGAAUAGGACGCACCUGAAUCGGCACAUUCGGUCGAAUCACGCGGAGAAGCCGGUUCAACCGGCGAAUGUGUUCCGAUGCCGGCAUGCGACCUGCGGGAAGACAUUUGGGACGGACCAGAGCAUGCGAAAGCAUUACGAGUUGAAGCACGUGCUGGGGAAGAGCUGGUCGUGCGGGGAGUGUGGCGAGCGGUUCUGGCGGAAGUUGCAGCUGAAGCAGCACUCGGUCAAGCACACUGGCCAAUAUCCGCACAAGUGUGACCUGUGCGAGAAGGGGUUUAUCAACUUGAAAUCGUUGAGGAAUCAUCGGACGACCCACGCCCUGCACCGGUGCGACUCGUGUCCGGCGGAAUUCACCAGGUGGACGGAUUUGGUGGCCCAUCGGAAGCUGCAGCAUGCCACGCUCUACCAGUGCGACGUUUGUCAGGCUAAAUUUCCCUCGAAGAAGAACCUGAAAGCGCACGCCAAGGUCCACGAGAAGCGUCGGAACGGGGACGACAACCAGGAGGUGUUCCAGUGUCCGUGGGACGGCUGCCCGAAAUUCUACGACUACGAGCGCAACCUGAUGGCGCACAUCCGCUCGAAGCACGAGGGAACGCACAAGUUUGUCUGUCCCGUCGACGGAUGUGGCCGCUCGUUGGCCACGCGCCAGAAGCUCGAUCACCACCGCCGAAUGCACGAAUCUGCGGCGCGGAGUGUCCCCCGGAUGAAGGUACCGGGCGCGGCAGCGCGACGCAAAGAUUGCGGCGUUCCGAAGCGCUCGACGGCGUGCCGGUUGGCCCGGGUGCGGCUGGAUCCGCAGCUGGAGCGCGUCCUGAUCGAGCAAAGUCCCGAGCGGCGCACGGUGGAACUGGAGCUGGAAUGCGCGACGUCCGCGGUGGAAUCGGCGUCCGAGUCGGAGGUGGAGGGGAGCGCCAAGGUUGGAGCCAUUUUGGCCGGGCAGAUGGCCAAGAUACAGGAGCAGAUUCGGCGGCUGCAGGAUCAGGGAGGAAAUUGAACAGUAUUUUAGUCAUGAAUUGUAAAUGUCUGUGAGAAUUUUAAUUUAUUCGAUUUUAGUAAAAAUCACCAAAGAAUUUUAAAAAUGAAAAA